GCAUGUGUGGGUUUGUGACUGCCUGUAUCUUUAAGAGCUCCGCUGUAAAUUGAGCUCUAGAGGCGAGAGAGUGUAAUUUCAAACACCGACGCCCCUCAUUCCUGUAAACCGUGCGUCGAGCUGAAUGCGUCCGCACCUCUACAAAGAUGCGCGUUUCGUGUUGGAUAGAUUUUUCGUUAAACGCCGCAAAGCAGACACAGACGCGGAGCUCCAGCCUCACCGGAUCCCCCACAGGUUGUUAGUGUGUGUGGAGCUGGAGACGGGUUGUGUUGUGUAUCCAAAUGACUCGACAUGGCUGUGGGUUUGACUCAACAUAACCUACAAGACUUUGCGAGCGACCCUGGAAACAACCAGCUGAGCGCGUUAGAUGAAAAUCAUCUUAAUGACAGUCAACAGUGAGGUUGAGUGGCGAUGGACCCAUUCAGCCAGCUUAUCCUCACCAUCUCGGUAACCAGUUUCUUCACCUUCCAGUGCCUCUUCCACAAAGUCAGCCCCUGGGUGUCCAUGCACAUCAGUUCCGGUUUCCUCGGUCUAAGUGACAAGCAGAAGGUGGAAUGGAACUCAAGGACAGUGUCAACAUUUCACGCUCUGUUGGUGGGACUCUUUUGUCUCUAUAUCUUCUUAUUCGAUGAUGCCAUCAAUGAAGACCCAGUCUGGGGAGAUCCUACACUGGUGAAAACUAACGUUGCCAUCACAACAGGCUACCUCAUAUCCGAUCUGCUGUUAAUAUUUUACUAUUGGAAGGCGAUAGGCGACAAGUUUUUUGUAAUUCACCAUCUGGCAGCAUUGUAUGCUUACUACUAUGUACUGGGCCAAGGAAUGUUGCCUUAUUUUGCUAACUUCCGACUGCUUGCUGAGUUUUCUACACCAUGUGUGAACCAGCGCUGGUUCUUUGAGGUACUAGGUUAUCCAAAGUCCUCCCGGCCCAACAUAGCAAAUGGUGUUGCCAUGGCAGUAGUCUUUUUCAUGGUCCGCAUCGCUGUCAUGCCAGUCUACUACAGUCGUAUGUAUGCAGUCUAUGGCACUGAGGCCUUCUAUCUGGUGCCCUGGGGUGGCCGUGUAGCCUGGAUCUGCUCCAGUAUCUGCUUGGACAUCAUGAACAUUAUGUGGAUGCAUAAGAUUGCUCGUGGCUGCUACAAGGUGCUGCGCUCUGCACGCAAUGCCAGGACACCUCACGAGAAUGGGAAGACGGAUUAACGGAACUGAGGCGUCAGUGGUGAGAAAGGCCGCAAUACAGACAAAAUAACUUCAGUGUUGGGGCAUUGACAAGCAGCAGUUUGGACCCUUUGUAUGUCAGGAUGCUUCAGUGGAAGUAUAGCUGCAACUUGUUACCGGAUGGAAUGAAAUGAGGGAAGCUGCUUUUUUUUUUUGGAAGGCAGGCACAGACACGAAGAUGUACUGAUGGACCAAUUAAAAUGGCCAUUCAUAAGCCAUCAAAUGACUUCUUAGCAAUACUAAGUGUACAUGGUCAAUUAUUUUUGUCUUGUUCAGUUUAUCUCUACACAAAAGUGGUAGUCCCGGGACGAGGGACUGUUAGCCCAACCACAAAUUGUCAGAAGUUUACUGUCCUUUACAUACAAAAUGAAUACAACAAAAGACUUUAAAAUAUUCUUUUUUUAGUGUUUUUGCUGGUUAAAUCACAGAAAAAAAAAUAAAACUGUAAUUUAUGUUGACGAGGAAGCAAAGAUUUAAGGGAACAUGCAGUGAUUUCACAGCAGUGUUCAAUGCCAUACAGUUAUUGUCAGAGUUUUGUUGAGAAAGGUGAGUUAGGCAUGUUUUUUCUUCCAUUUUGAGAUAAAUUUGCAGGGACCUGAGUCGGAAUAGCAUUGCAUCAAAUAAUCACUGUAACCCACUGUCACUUAAGUCAGACUUGUUAAAAGCCAGCCUCUAAGAAAUGUAUUGGAAUAGCAUGAGCCUUAGUUGCAUUUGCGUUUUAAUGGUUAAUUUAAAUAACAAUGGGUUGAAUGAGCAUCGCUACAAUGUAGGUAAUCCAUUUCUUUUGUCUUGCUGGGGUCAAAGCAAGUGGACUUUUUAUUAAGACACAAAUGGUCAAGUUUUUAAUGAAACCAAAACUGAUGUCUAGAGUACAUCAGAAAUACUAAAAGGGGCUCUGAAUGUUGUUUGUACACUGACAUUAAGCAAUGCAAGAACAUACAUUUUUCUUAACGAAAUAUUGAGACAGUGAUUAAAAUCUUAUUUUUAAAUGAA